AGCCAGAAGCAUCGGAAACGGGACCGGGAGAAGGAUUCUGCCCCAGCGGAGCAGGGCUGCCACUACACCCCGUCCCAGCGGGUGCAGUUCAUCCUUGGGACAGAGGAGGACGAGCAGCACGUUCCCCAUGACUUGUUCAGCGAGCUGGAUGAGAUCUGCAUGAAGGAGGGCGAAUGUGCGGAGUGGAAGGAAGCGGCAAGGUGGCUGAAGUACGAGGAGGACGUGGAGGACGGCGGCGAGCGCUGGAGCAAGCCCUACGUGGCCACGCUGUCCUUGCACAGCCUCUUCGAGCUGCGGAGCUGCAUCGUCAAUGGCACCGCACUGCUCGACGUGCGCGCCCACAGCAUCCAGGAGACCCCAGACAUGAUCCUGGGCCAGCAAGAACAGUCCGCGGAGUUUGACGAGCGCAUGCGGGCGAAAGUUCGAGAAGUUCUUUUGAAGAAGCAUCACCAUCAGAACGAGAAGAAAAGAAACAACCUUCUCCCCACCGUCCGCUCCUUUGCUGAUGUUGGAGAGAGGCAGUCGGACCCGCAACUCCUCGACAAGCCGGCCCAAACACUCACCCCUCAUCCUUCUCCCACCACUGCAGAAGCUAAAAACGGGAUGAACCUUGAGACCAGCCCAAUGGAUUUAAGCAAGGCGGAGCUGCACUUCAUGAAGAAAAUUCCCAUUGGGGCUGAAGCAUCCAACGUGCUUGUCGGAGAGCUGGAUUUCCUUCACCGACCCAUCGUGGCGUUUGUCCGCCUGAAUCCGGCUGUCCUCCUCCCUGGCAUGACGGAAGUUCCCAUCCCAACAAGGUUCCUGUUUGUUUUGCUUGGACCGGAAGGAAAAGCCCAUCAGUACCACGAGAUCGGCAGGUCCAUGGCGACUAUCAUGACGGAUGAGGUUUUCCAUUGUGUUGCCUAUAAAGCCAGGAACCGGGAUGACCUCGUGGCCGGCAUCGAUGAGUUUCUGGAUCAGGUCACGGUCUUGCCACCGGGAGGGUGGGAUCCAGCAAUCCGAAUCGAGCCCCCAAAAAGCGUCCCUUCGCAGGAAAAAAGGAAGAUGCUGAGAGCUCUCGAUGGCAGUGCUGCUCACAGCGAGCCGGAGAAACACAGUGGUCCUGAACUGGAGCGGACGGGCAGGCUCUUUGGAGGUUUGAUCCUGGAUGUGAAACGAAAAGCUCCGUGGUUCUGGAGCGACUUUCGGGAUGGUCUGAGCCUGAAGUGUCUGGCGUCCUUCCUCUUCCUCUACUGUGCCUGCAUGUCCCCCGUCAUCACCUUCGGGGGGCUGCUGGGGGAGGCAACCGACAACCAAAUCAGUGCCAUGGAGUCGCUGCUGGGCGCGUCCAUGACCGGCGUGGUGUUUUCCCUCUUUGCUGGCCAACCUCUCACCAUCCUGGGCAGCACCGGCCCCGUCCUUGUGUUUGAGAAGAUCCUCUACAAGUUCUGCAAGUAA